GUCGAGUACUUGCCCAUCACUUACAUCCCUGCAUCUCCGGCUGCAAGCAACGCUGUCGGCAACGUCGCCAGCGGCGGCCCUGCAAACGAUUCUUCUCAUGCGGGGUCGACCGCACAAAAAGGGCCCAGCAGCAGGAAUGCCUCUGCCCUGCCAACACCCGCGACCGGGGACACCCCAGGUGUCAACUCCUUCAGAAAUAGCUACACCCAGUUCCUUGUCAGGGUUUCUAAUGUGGCUCUUCGCAAACCCAUCGACCUCAGUUGGGUGAAGUUGAACUACUACCUAGAGGGGCCCGUCGACGAUGACUCGACUGGAUGGCAGGCCGGCGCGGCGCUUCCUUCGGACUUCGACCUGACAUGCAUGGACGUUUCCCGCCAGCUGCUUGGGGGCUGCUCCUCCCUUCAGUGGGACUUUGCAAGCGGCCUCCCCGGCGUCAAGGGCGCCCGAUACAUGCUUGCGCUCUCCUUUGUACCUGGAGCGGGGGCGUUGGUACCGCACCUGAACACCACAACUGGUGCUGUGAAGGCACCUGGCCUUAAUGACACGGGUGCGGGUGUUGGUACUGGGCCAUCUGUGGACGCCUCGGACAACCCAUAUGAACCAGGAAUGGACACGCCUCCUCAAGAGCUCCAGCAGCUGCAGCCGCAGCAGGCAGAGCAUGCAAUCGCACCCGGCACGCCCUUGAUGGAAUCCGUCGAUGUAAUCGUCACCAUACGAACGAAGCGCCCUUCUAUCCUGGACGCAAUUAUGGACUACAGCUUCGUGAACACUCCUGUCAUUGCCACCAAACCAGUGCAAGUAGGCCCCCAACCAGCGCAGCUUGCCGCCGCGAAUGCAACCACACGGGCGGGCGGAACGGCGGCUACGGCAGCGGGCACAGGCUCGCUUGUGGUGAUGCGGCAAUCACUGGCCAACCCCCGGAUACCUGCCUUCGCAUACGGCGUAAUCGCCUGGGGCAGUCCUCCCGUCGCUGCCCGCACAAGCACAAGCAGCCCGUCACCUCAAGGGGCCCCUGCCGCCAGCAUAAACGCCGCACUUCCCGUAAGCAGCCGGUGCACGACGGCGGAUGGGACUGCGCAGCUUGCACUGAGCUGCCAAGUAAACAUGGUUUACUGCUGUUCAAGUGAUGGCCCGAUUACCACGUUCGUACCGGCAAACUGGAAGUCCGUGGUGAAUCCGCCGCCGCAGCCGCCACAGCCGUUGCUGCCAGAGACCGACAUCACCAUCGUCCCCUCAAAAAGCAAAGACAAGACGGCGGCAAUCGGCGGCGGCGUCGGCGGCGCCGCGGGUGCUAUGCUCCUCGCCGUGGCCGCGUUCUUCCUCUGGCGGCGUCACCACCCGCCGCCACCACCACCGCCGCCAGCGCCAGGCCCCCACCGACACCGCCACCACCACCACGCGGGGAGUCACCGGCGUUUGAUAGAGGAGCGGUUCCCGGGCGUGGACCGCCGCUUGUCGCGAUACAUGGGGUUGUUGAUGCCGGGAGUACGAAGAUCCGAUACCGGCAGCACGGCAAGCCGGAGCAGCAACGGUGGCGGCGGCGGAGGGUACGACGGAGGCUACGACGACGGUCAAGGGUUGGUGCCGUACGAGUAUACGGG